AUGUCGCCGGCUCUCCAGCCCAACGGCCGCAUGGCGACCAAAAAGAUUACACGCACCAAGACAGGAUGUUUGACUUGUCGGCGAAGACGCAAAAAGUGCGACGAAGGAAAGCCAGAAUGCCAGAACUGCCUGCGGAAUAGCUUCGUCUGCGAAGGCUACCAGCAGCGCAAGACGUGGCAACCGUGCGACAACAUGUCCAACGAUGCUCCAGCAGCCAUAGUCAACCCUAUACCUGCUGCGAAUGAUGCCACCACGCAGUCUGUGGACGAGUGGAAUGACUUUACGCUUCCAGAUCCUGGGGAUUACAGGGAGGAUUUGCUCUUUGCCAGCCCAAAUCUCGAUCUAACUACUGAUCUUGUACCGAACUUCAACUCGCCAUCACUGACUGAUGUCUGGCCCAACCACUGUGCAGCCCUUGUCGCGGAAGGCCAGCAGGAGUCCGAUACAAGUCCAAAUAGUGACGACCAUCAGAGUGAAGAAGACCUCGUCAUCGAAUCCAUCAGAGGCACUACUUCCAGUGCGAACGCAGAGUCGAGUGUCAGCAGCCGUGCCGUGCCAACAAAGCAAGUACGUCGGCCAGAAAGUUUCAUCUUACAAUCGCUGCCAUUCCUUGUGAAUGGCAUUCAAACGCAAGCUGAACGAAAGAUCUUUCACCAUUACUAUAAAGUCGUGUCCAGUGUUCUGUUGCUGGAAACGCCCAGCAACCCGUUGGUCUCGACAUUGAUACCUCUGGCAUUGUCGCAGGAUGAGAACAAUGGCCUUUUGGAUGCCAUCAUAUGCCUAUCUGCAAGCCAGUAUCAGUAUGCGCUGUCGGCAUCCGGCGGUCAAAGGAACAACGCAGAAAAUUCAGGCAUAGAGAAGUUGAAAUGGAAACGACAUAGCAGAGCUGUGAAACAACACAUUCAAAUGCUGAGCCAACUAUCGAAGCCGUCGCUGGCAUCCGACUCCCUCCAGUCUAAUUCACAACAACUAUUGAUCUUAACCAUGAUUCUAUAUCAGUUCAGCCUCUGCGAGGGAAGCUGGUCAGCAGGAAGACGCAUGCAUUUCAAUGCAGCUCGUGAGCUGAUCAGGCAAAUCUAUUCAGACGGCCGCUAUCACCCACCCAACCAUGACAGCUUCAAUUCUUUCGUCCUCAAUUGGUUUUACUUCCACGAUAUCUGUUCUUCCCUGACAUCUCGGCAGGAUGGCGCUUGCAUAGACCUGCAUCGCCGCUGUCUGCAUGGCGCCGGUGCAACUUCGCCAGCAACUGCCCUCGCGAUGAGAUAUCAGACUGUGGGGCUAUCUCAGCCAGACAGUAUGUUCCUGAUUGGACCUAGCGAUGGACUGCUGACCAUCUUGGCCCGAAUAAUUAAUCUGCAUCGCGAGCAUGCUCCUGCUGAGUACGGAGAAGAUCAAGACCUCGAUAUUGAUGUGCUCAUGGAGGGAUUGGCCAUUGAAGCUGACCUUCGAGAAUGGCACUACGAUUAUGCUGACACUAAGAGUGCGAAUAUUGCCGAAUGCUAUCGACUAGCGGCCUUUAUCCUACUCUGGUUUACAAUACAUCCGCACAGCCCGCUCGACACAGAGAAGGUGCAGCGGGCUGUGCAAGAAGGACUGAAAUUACUAGAUCCUAUCACGGACAAUGACAGCGCGCAGACUUGCUCCUUGCUGCCAUUAUUCGUAUUUGGAGUCUCGACGAACUCGAAAGCGGAGCGCUCUUUCAUCGAGGCCAAGAUAGAACGCUAUGGGUCAUGGGCAUCAAUUGCCAACAUCGUCGAGGCGGGCAAGUUCUUGAUGCAAUGGUGGCGAGCUGCUGACAAGAUGGAGCCAACGCGGCGACGAUGGUGGGACUGGGAGGCCUAUCUCAAAGCGAACGAGAUCGAUAUCAUCCUCGUCUAG